AUGAGCUCCGAGAAAGCCGUCCUGCACUCGAAGAAGGACGGCUCUAAGAAAGGUGGCGAGACGGGGCCAGUGGUGUCGGCGGAGGCUGGCGCUGGCGUGUUGCCUGGCCGGGCUACGCUCAAUCAGUACUUUGAGGAGUCCGACAACCCUGACAUGAUGGAUAUUCUGUUCGGAUCAGAGAUGGGCAACGUUCGCCUGGCGAGGAUCUUCGAAACAUACGAGGUUCGCCCAUCUCCAGUCGCGGUGAGCUUCUUCGACGCCGCGGGGGACCGCAUGAUCCACGGCGACCCCGUGAACCGCGAGACCCAGAGGGCCACCCUGUUCGACCUGAAGGAAAGCAUCCGCCAGCGUGGCUUGGUUCCUGGAGUGGCUGGGGAGGCGUGGUUCGUCUGCUCACCUGGGGAGACCUCGCCGUUCUACGCCCUGAGCUGGGGCCAUCGAACGCGGGCCGUGUACGAGCUCAUCCAGGAGGACCCAGACUGGAAGAGGAACCCGCAGCUUGCGUCGACGGUGAAGGCAGGGGUGAUGGCUCGGCGCCUCACUUACAAGAUGCCCAAGUUCGUGAAGAAGUUUUUGGUGGACUACCACAACAGCCAGGCUUUCCAGACAGGCAGCGGCUACACGUACAUCGAACUGUUGCUUGAGGUGGACGGCAUGGUGAACGCGUGGCAGGUGUGGAAGAGUGACUCGAUCAGCUCGCGCGGGAAAGACUACGAACAAAAGUACUGGCAGUUCGUGAGCCAGAAGUAUGGUGACAAGCUGAAGUCGUGGAGCCACUUCGACUCUGCGAAGACCUUGGCCAAUAGACUCGUCAGCUUCGGCGUGGAGCACUGCGACUGGGCAAGGAACCACGUCGAUUUCAUGCACCCCAAGUUGCACCACCCGAGUGUUAUCGGCAUCAUGCACGGCAUCAGCUCCACGGUGUUCAAUUGCUUCAAUGGAUACAUGUGCAAGGGGGACGUCAGCGUGCUGAUGUCGGAGGCUUUGAAGUUCGCAGUUCCAGUCCGCCCGAACCCGCCGACCCAGCGGAGGCCCCCCUGGAUCUUCGAUAAAUCUCAGGCGGACGCCCAGGAGAAGAUCUCCUUCGUGCUGUUCGUGAUUGACGACAACGCAAAGCAGCCCCGCGACCAAGCCUUGAGCCUCGUGGUCUCCUCGAGGACCGAUGAGGGGGAGAGUCGCGAGAGGAACAUCGGCGAUGAUAUCAUGAGCUGCCUGAACGUUGCCAUCAGCAGCGUCGAGGUGGACUCUCAGUGCAGGGAGAUGCUCGACGUGAAGGCCGAGUUGGCCAGCUACGCCCUAGAGUUCCUCUGGCAGAAAAAGGUGAUGUUCAAGGGCACGAUGUUCAGCGCGUGGUCGACGCUGAGGGCUUUGCUGGCGGAAUCGGCUGCAGAGUCCGCGGUGAAAUUCAAGACCUUUGCCAAAUCAUCCGACUAUGCCACAGCUGGUGAUGCGGAUGAUGCGGGAUCUGGCGCCGCAGCUGCACCACCCUCAAGCCUCUUGCAGUCUCUCAGGUCUCAUGCCCAAGAAAGCCCGACCAAGAUGUUCGACGAGUUGAUUGCGAGCAAGCACGACACCGUGGUCGCCCCACUCUUGACAUUCCUCUCUCACAACAAUGCGAUGAACAUCGAGGUCCGCUUCCAUCUCGAUUACCCGCUCGUGUUCCGAGAGAUCUGCGAGAAAGUAGGGCCCGCCCCGUCCGUGAGGUUGCGGGAUUUCCUCGAGCUCUGCGUCGCAAAGGUCGGCGACAACGCUGCCAUGAACGACGACGCGUUGGACUUCAUCGCCGACGUGGUCGCCCACGUGGCUCGGACGUGCGAGGUCCCCCAGAUUUUCGUGGGCGCGAAGCUCGACACAGCCAAGCACUUGCUCAAGGCCGCCCGCGUGCGCGGCAACUACAUGUUCCAGUUCAUUGUCGACUUCGCGGCUACGCGCUCCGAUGCGGAGCUCUUUGAUGACGACAACCUGAUUCUUCCGCCGAUCAGACAGCUUCACGAGCAUUGCACGUCCCUGUCGCCCGAGGACUUGACGGCGGUGUCUGAGGCCGACGCCCUCCUCCGAGGCCAUGGGGAGCGCGUGACAUUUUGGAUGGCCAUUGUCAGGGCAUUGUUCAAGUGCAGCCGCGGCCGUGCAGGGGCUCAGGUGGCCGCGGUGGUGGGAGCGCAGCCCAGGUCCAGGCGCCUGAAGACCGAGAAGAGUUUGGACAAGAGCCCGGUGAGAAUUGGCGCAGCUGCUCCCGUCGGCGCGGCCGCGGCCCAGCCCGCUCCAGACAUCAAGGGCAUCGACCACAACAUCAACUUGUGCAAGCCAGCCGACAUCAAUUGCAUUCCUGGUCUACCCGUUGGCGUGACUGUCAACAUCGUGACGCUGAAGCCCGCUUGCGCGGACCACGGCUUGGAGUUUCGCGAAGCGGCGAAGCAGGACAUCACGAACCAAUUGACCUCUUGGUUGUGGGAGAAGUACAGCGGCAACUUCCACCAGUUCAAAGACCACAUCUUGAUCGACACAGCUGCGAAGGCCAAGGAGGCCGCCAUCCUCUUGAAUGCCACUGAGGAGAAGAGGGAACUGGACACGCCGGACUUUGACAUGCUGUUCGCCGGGGUGGUGACCGUCGUCCGUCCUUCCAAGAAUUACUUCCCAUUUGCUACGUUGUUCAACGGUGCUGUCGAACUGUUCUUGGACGGUAGCUCCUUCAAUUCGGCGACGUCCGAAUGCUGCGUUCCAACUUGGUUGAUUCACACCACGGAGAAGGCUUCGGACGCAACUGUGACGACUGUCUUUCGCAACUACAACGCCUGCGUCAGCUUCGACGCUGACUCCACCCCGAUUGUGAAGAUCACGGAGGACUCCAAGAAGCUGACGAUGGGGAAGGAGAAGGAUGAGGAGGAGCAGACGCUCGAGCCAACCGCCGCGCCCGAGCCCGCGGCCUCCGAUCUCUUCAGGUUCACCGUCACCAUUCCCGUCGUCGGAGUGAAGGCUAAGAAGCUCAUGGAUGAGGCAACCCCGUCCUCGACGCUGGUGGAGCUGAAGCGCCAUGUGACGACCGUCGAGCAGGAGGAGAAAAAACGGAGGAAAGCUGCUGGUAAGUCCCUGGCAACGUGUACGAGCGCGGGGGCCGUGAGUCACCUCAAGGAGUCUAGGGCUGCUAAGCGGGCGGCAGACUUCGCCAAGGCCCACGGAGGCGCUGAAGCCCCUGCCGCGGAGACAGAUGACCGCAGCAGCAAGAGGCGCAGAAAGGAGGACGACCCGCUGUGGUCGUCAUGCCAGCACCUCCUGAAGUGA